AUGGGGAUUACUUUGGCAUCUGUGUUGCUGGCUAUCCAGGGCCAUCCUGAGGUAAUUCAGGAGAAUGGAGUUGUUACAGCAGAGGCAUACCAGAAGGAACUUGUUUAUCUCAAGCAAAAGGUUGAUCCUGGAGGUGAAGUCAUCAUCACCCAGCUCUUCUAUGACACUGACAUCUUCCUCAAGUUCGUGAAUGACUGCCGUCAGAUUGGAAUAACGUGUCCUAUCAUUCCCCCGGAGAUUAUGGCUGCAUUGGAACCGAUCAAGGACAAUGUCAAGGCGUAUGGUGUUCAGCUUGAAACUGAUAUGUGCAGAAAGAUUUUAGCUUCUGGGACUAGAGCUAUACAUCUUUACACCUUAAACAUGGAGAAAUCUGCUUUGGCAAUACUGACGAAUCUUGGCCUGGUUGAGGAGUCCAAGUUUCCGAGAUCCUUGGCUUGGAGACGUCCAACAAAUGUUUUUCGUGCAAAAGAAAGUGUUCGUCCUAUUUUCUGGGCUAAUCGUCCUAAAAGCUACAUCGGAAGGUCAAUUAGCUGGGACCGCUACCCAAAUGGCCGAUGGGGAGAUUUCCAAACUCCAUCUUUUGCACCACUAACUGAUUAUCAGUUCUUGCGACCAAGAUCUCACGAGAAGAGACUUCUAGAAGAAUGGGUUGUUCCUUUGAAGAGUAUUGAAGAUAUCUACGAGAAAUUUGCAAAGUUCUGCCUUGGGAAAACCAAAAGUAGUCCGUGGUCAGAACUAUAUGGACUUCAGCCGGAGACCAAGGUCUUCAACGAACAGCUUGGUAAUAUUAACAUGAAAGGCUUUCUCACUAUAAACAGCCAACCGGCUGUUAAUGGAGCAAAGUCUGAUACGUUGGCAAAGAUGAUGUUUGUUGGGACAGGAUGGGGAGAGGCAGGUGGAUGUGUGUAUCAGAAAGCAUACCUAGAGUUUUUCUGUUUUCCGGCAAGCUUGACUGCGCUGAUCAAUAAAUGCAAAGCCUUCUCCUGCCUCAGCUACAUGGCUGUUAACAGAGAAGGUGCCUGGAUUUCAAAUAUGAAAAACACAGAUGUGAAUGCAGUCACAUGGGGAGUUUUCCCUACAAAGGAGAUUGUGCAACCCACCAUUGUCGAUCCGCUAACCUUUAUGGUGUGGAAGGAUGAAGCCUUCGAGUUGUGGUCGAGAGGGUGGGCCAAUCUUUACCUGGAAACUGAUCCCUCUAGAAAACUACUUGAAGAGGUGAAGAACAGUUACUACUUGGUCAGCUUGGUUGACAAUGACUAUUUCCAUGGAGGCUUAUUUGCUCUCUUUAGAGAUACUUGA